AUGGGGCGGUUUGAUGAAAAACCUGAUUGGCCCGACAUCACAUCGAUCACAUCGUUUCGAUCAUGGAGGUAUAAUCAUCAUGUUUCCAAAGCCGCCGAAGUGGCUGAAUGUAGCGAGAAUGGCCUUCCAAUGAAGGUAAAACACAUCUAUUACUGGCCUGGCGAUCAUAUUUCUAUCACGUGCAAAGUUUGUCAACGGUAUAUCCAUCGUGGUUUCCAAGGCGGCGAAGUGGCUGAAUGUAGCGAGAAUGGCCUUCCAAUGAAGUCCGAGAUCAAUACAAGCUCGAAAGAAUUCGAUGGAUCAGGGAAUUCUGAUUCGUCUUACAUGCCCGGAAAUCGAAUUGUGCCCACAAGGCACGGAUUUUUGCCCCAUAUUCGACGACAAACGUUCGAACAAAUUGGCAAUACGUUACACAUUCAUAAUGCUGAAGCAAAGGCGGCUGGUGUAUAUUUUUGCUACGAUGACGCCGCGAUCAAUUUGGUCCGCUAUUUCUAUAUUCUUCACGCAAUGACGCCGAUCAAUGAAGUGAAAAGAAUUCUU